AUGCCCCCAAAAGGCAAGAGAGGCCAGGAUAAGGGCAAGUCGGGUGAGGAGGAGCGCGAUGAGCCGCUACAGGCUGUGAUACUCGCAGACCCCUUCGAGACACGCUUCAAUCCAUUCACACUCGAGCAUCCCAGAUGUCUUCUGCCCCUCGCGAAUACCCCGCUCAUCGAAUACACGUUCGAGUUUCUCGCCAACGCAGGCGUAGAGGAAGUCUUUGUAUACUGCGGCGCACACAGGGAACAGGUUGAAGACUACAUCAAAGCCUCGAGAUGGUCUUCCAAGUCAUCGCCUUUCUCGCGACUGGAUCUCAUUCAAUCGACGUCACACUCGAUUGGCGAUGCGAUGCGAGACCUGGACAGCCGGGGUCUGCUAGUGGGCGACUUCCUCUUGGUGUAUGGCGACGUGGUCAGCAACCUGCCUCUGGAGUCUGCGCUCGCCGCGCACAGGGCGAGACGGGCGAAGGAUAAGAAUGCCAUCAUGACCAUGGUGCUACGCGAGGCAGGCGCGACUCACAGGACAAAGGCCCAGGGAACAAGUCCAGUCUUUGUGAUUGAUCCGCAGAAGGACAGAUGUCUACACUUUGAACAGAUGCCGAACCGCGAUCAGACACACUACCUCUCCAUCGACCCCGAGCUGCUUUCCACCCACCAAGAGAUCGAAGUGCGCCAAGACCUGAUCGACUGCGGCAUCGACAUCUGCACGCCCGACGUACUUGCGUUAUGGAGCGACAACUUCGAUUUCCAAGCACCACGCAAGGGCUUCCUACACAGUGUACUCAAAGACUACGAGCUCAACGGAAAGACGUUCCAUACGCAUAUCAUCUCAGAUCACUACGCGGCACGAGUACGAAACCUCCACGCAUACGACUCGGUUAGCAAGGACAUUGUAUCACGCUGGGCAUACCCGUUGUGUCCAGACAGCAACCUCGUACAAGGACAGUCGUAUCGGUUACAAAAGCGCAACACGUACAAAGAGGAGGGUGUCAUACUCGCGCGGGAUUGUAUCAUUGGGCCAAAGACAGUUAUUGGGCGUGGUACCAGCAUAGGCGACAAGAGCAUCAUUACCAACAGCAUCAUUGGAAGGCAUUGUCAGAUUGGUCGAAAUGUGACGAUUGAUGGCGCGUACAUUUGGGAUUACGCCAGCAUAGCAGACGGCAGCACCGUCACCAAGGCAGUCAUCGCGAAUGAAGCGGCCAUAGGUCGUAGGUGUACCAUCGAAGCUGGUGCUCUGAUAUCGUAUGGGGUUAGCAUCGGUGAAGGCAUGACAAUACGGGGAGACCACAGAAUCACAAAAGCAAAGCGGAGACGUGAACAAGGGGAGGAUGUUGUUCGAGGCGACUCAGACCCUGCGAUAGUUGGCGAGAAAGGUGACGGCUUCGAAUUCCAUGAUUCUGACGAGGACGAUGAGGACGAGCUCGUCGAUGGUCUCUCCACCAGAGGGCCCAUGUAUAACCUCUCGAACGAGUCAAUAUCCACAAUCAAUUCAGAGUCGGAGACAGACAUGAUGGGUAUGGAACGCCAUGACAGAUCGGCCACCAGUAGUUUCCUAUCUGUAGGCUCGGUAGACAGCCAGCACGCGGCAAACUUUGAUCACGACGCAUCUGCCAGCAUUUACGAUUCGCUUGUUGAAGGCCAUGAGUCGGCAAACAUUCAGCUGGAACUGACGGCACUCCGCAUGAGCACAAACGCCUCGGAUCAUCAAGUCAGACGUGCAGUCGUCUCGUCAUUCGUCAAGCGCGUGAUCCAACUCACCAAGUCGGGCGAGCCGAUCAAGAACGCCGUCGCGCAGGUCUUUGGGCAACACAAGGAGCUCAUCGACCGCUCCAUCUUCGACAAGAAUGCAGAUAGCAAGACAGACCAGACCGACUUUAUGUUACUGCUUCAAGCAGACUUGUGCAACAAGGAGAACGGCGACGCGAUCUUGCUAACCGCAUCGACCAAACUCGUCGAGUUGGACUCGAUAGAAGAGGAUGGUAUGAUGCAGUGGUGGGAAGAUGAGAAGAGCACGGAGAAUGCGGAUAUGGAGAAGGUUAGGGAGAAGACCAAGGGCUUGAUUGACUUUUUGCAGCAGGAGAGUGAGGACGAGAGCGAGGAGGAGAGUGAGGAAGAUGACUAG